GGCGCCUUCCAAAUCAACAUUUGAACGUUGCUCUACCCACCCCCUCUUCUCUUCUGCCCGUUCUCUUCCUUAAACCCUAUUUAAACCCUCCUAGCUCCUCCCCUUCUCUUCCAGAGCCCCUCGCACUCUCUCUCUCCCCCCUCUCUCUAAAAUCAUUGCCUUCUAAGAUCCAGUGAGAAGCGAGUGAGAACUCGGAAAAGACUUAAAGCAGCAAUGGCGCUCUCAAGCAGCUCUGCACUAUCUUCAAAGUCUCUCCUCCAGAACCAUUCUGUCCUCCACAUCCCCCAGGCGUCUUCCUCUCUCUUACCCGCCAAGACCCACUUUAGAUCUGUCCAACCUAUCUCCGCCGUCCACGCUGCCGAGCCCACCAAGACCCCCGCCGUCGCCGAUAAGCCUCUCAAAUCGGCGGCGCAGCAGGUGACAGCUCCCGGAAAGUGGAGCGUCGAUAGCUGGAAAUCGAAGAAGGUCUUGCAGCUGCCGGAGUACCCGAAUCAGGAAGAUCUCGAUUCGGUCCUCCGAAAGCUCGAGUCCUUCCCGCCGAUUGUGUUCGCCGGCGAGGCGAGGAAUUUGGAGGAGCGAUUAGCCGAGGCCGCGAUGGGCAAUGCGUUCCUUCUUCAAGGGGGAGAUUGUGCCGAGAGCUUUAAGGAGUUCAGUGCCAAUAACAUUCGUGACACCUUCAGAGUUCUUCUUCAGAUGGCUGCUGUUCUUAUGUUCGGAGGACAAAUGCCCGUAAUUAAGGUGGGGAGAAUGGCGGGUCAAUUUGCAAAGCCAAGAUCAGAAGCGUAUGAGGAGAAGAAUGGAGUAAAAUUGCCUAGUUACAAAGGAGACAACAUUAAUGGUGACGCCUUUGAUGAGAAGUCCAGAAUUCCUGACCCGGAGAGAAUGACAAGGGCUUACUGCCAAGCUGCGGCUACUCUGAACCUUCUUAGGUCCUUCGCAACUGGAGGGUAUGCCGCAAUGCAGAGGGUGACCCAGUGGAAUCUUGAUUUUGCAGAGCACAGUGAGCAGGGAGACAGAUACCAGGAACUGGCUCACCGGGUCGAUGAGGCCUUAGGGUUCAUGGCUGCUGCUGGACUCACAGUUGACCAUCCUAUCAUGACAACAACUGAAUUCUGGACAUCCCAUGAAUGCUUGCUUUUGCCAUAUGAGGAAGCUCUUACGAGGCAGGAUUCUACCUCUGGCCAUUACUAUGAUUGCUCUGCUCACAUGCUAUGGGUUGGGGAGCGUACCCGUCAACUAGAUGGUGCCCAUGUGGAGUUCCUAAGAGGAGUUGCUAAUCCCCUUGGUAUCAAGGUGAGCAAUAAGAUGGAUCCAAAUGAGUUGGUUAGCCUCAUUGAAAUCCUGAAUCCUUAUAACAAACCGGGCAGAAUAACCGUGAUUGCAAGAAUGGGAGCUGAAAACAUGAGGGUCAAGCUACCCCAUUUGAUCAGGGCUGUCCGCAGGGCUGGGCAAAUUGUUACAUGGGUCUGUGACCCAAUGCAUGGGAACACCAUAAAGGCCCCUUGUGGACUCAAAACGCGUGCUUUUGAUGCAAUCUUGGCUGAGGUUCGAGCGUUCUUUGAUGUCCACGAGCAAGAAGGGAGCCACCCUGGGGGCGUUCACCUUGAGAUGACAGGCCAGAAUGUGACAGAGUGCAUUGGAGGGUCUCGGGCGGUCACUUUCGAUGAUCUUAGCUCUCGCUACCACACUCAUUGUGACCCAAGGCUCAAUGCUUCCCAGUCUCUUGAGUUGGCAUUUAUCAUUGCAGAGAGGCUUAGAAGGAGAAGGAUUAAUGGAACUCAACGCGUGCGCGCAUUGGGUCUUUAAUCAGGCAGCUGCAAAUGAAAGCCCCAUGCAUGCUUCAAGCUCGAUCAAUAUAUUUAAUUUGGUAGAGAAUAAAUUGGGUAUUAAUGGUUACUGAAAGCUCCAAAUGCAUGCCGCAGGUGCUUUGUGUGGAUAUCAGCCUUGUAGAGUUAAGGGUCUGUUUACUUGGUACUUGAACUUUGAGGUUAUUGAUUUGUGUAUUGAAGUAUGAAUUUGGUUUUGACCAUGUUGGUGUUCUGAAUUUCUGGAAAUUAUGAAAAGAAUAAAAGCAAAUGCCACUCCCAAUGGA